CGGCGUCUCUUUGCUGCCGUCACUUCCGUUUCUCUGUCAGUAGCGAGCGAGCGAGCGAGCUGGAGGCAGUUCGGCUACAGGAGCGGAGCAAUGCCGAAGUCAAAGGAACUUGUUUCUUCAAGCUCUUCUGGCAGUGAUUCUGACAGUGAAGUUGACAAAAAGUUAAAGAGGAAAAAGCAAGUUGCUCCAGAAAAACCUGUAAAGAAGCAAAAGACUGGUGAAACUUCCAGAGCCCUGUCAUCUUCUAAGCAGAGCAGCAGCAGCAGAGAUGAUAACAUGUUUCAGAUUGGGAAAAUGAGGUAUGUCAGUGUUCGGGACUUUAAAGGGAAAGUCUUAAUUGAUAUUAGAGAAUACUGGAUGGAUCCGGAAGGUGAAAUGAAACCAGGAAGGAAAGGUAUUUCUUUAAAUCCUGAGCAGUGGAGCCAGCUGAAGGAACAGAUUUCUGACAUUGAUGAUGCAGUAAGAAAACUGUAAAAUCAGAGCCAUGUAAAACCUGUACUGUUCUAGUUGUUUUAAUCUGUCUUUUUACAUUGGCUUUUGUUUUCUAAACAUUGUUUUCCACGCUAUUGUAUAUUUGGAUUGCAGAACAAUUUGUAAGAUGAAUACUUUUUUUUAAAUGUGCAUUAUUAAAAAUGUUCUGAGUGAAGCUAAUUGUCAAUUUUAUUAAGGAGGAUUGCUUUUGUGUCCACCACCUAGUGUAAAAUAAAAUCAAGUAAUACAA